UCAGCAGGCUUUCUGGGGGAGUCUGGCGCAGUGGCCAUGCAGUGCAUGAGUGUGGUGGGUUUGAAACCAGCGGAAGCUCUUGCAGUGCUUCGGCAUGAAGGACCCUCAUCACUGUUGGAACGAACAGGACUAUCUGAAGCCUCUCAGCGAGGGGAGGGAGCUUCAGAUCAUCCAAGGAUUACCCACACAUCCCACAUGGGAGGUCUGCAGGGUGAUGUGUGUGACUGGUUACUACAAUGUCCAGCAGGCUACAAGUGUGUGAUUCAGCCUGGCACCACAAACUAUAGCUGUUCUUCAGUCUGCCACUUCGACUACUGCCACCACCAAGGAAUCUGUACUCACCACCCGGGACAACUUCCAGUUUGCCGCUGCCUCGUAGGAGUGGACUUCUGGUACAUGGGUCAGAGGUGUGAUCUGAGGAUGACUCGAGCGCGUCUCGUGGGCGCAUGUCUUGCCAUCUUACUCGUCAUGGUGACGAUGAUUGGUAUUCUGGCUCUCGUUGCAGUGCGGCGCUACAGAGCCAUUCUGAUCCAGGCCAAAGUGGAUCAGACUCGGAGCAGCUAUCGCAGGUUCAACCAUUUUGACGAGCUUUCAGGGCGGUUCUGGUUGCGCUCGUGGGCCGGAUCAGCUGACUCACUGGAUAAUCCCGCUUUCACACGCUCCAAUGAGCUGCUGCACCUGCGGGCGCUCGACCGCCCCUGCUGUUACCACGACGACACGCUGUCCCUGGCCUCCACCUCUGCCAGCCAUGGGACACGCAUCAAUACAAUCUACCCGCACAGCUCUCAGUAUGGUUGGAGAGGAAGUGAGAUGAGCAUGGGGGAUGGGGUGUUGGACUCGGGUAAGGCCAGUGACCUCUCUGUGUGUAGCUGGCCUGUGGAGCCCAUCCAGUGGACUCCAUUCCCACUUCUACAGCAGCUGGCCUCCCACAGGACGCCUGCAGUGAGAGUGUCGAGGCCGCGGUCCUACUGUGAGGGCAUGGAGCUGGUGGACCUGGGGAAGAGCUGGACUGCUUGACAGCAUAAAGAAGAAACAACUCAAAUGUUGACACUGGUAUUUUGCAGCUCAUUCUUGCAUAUUAGGUCUUAAAUGUUGUAAAGUUUCUUGUUGUGUUGAGAAAAACGUUCAAAAAUAAUAAGUGUAUAUGUGUAUAUAAGUGUAUAUUUCGUCAAAUUGUUACCUGCUAAAUGUUUACUACCAGUUUGAAGCUGCAAAAUGUUUCCUAUAUGCAAACUCUGAUAAGAUUUAGAAUAUCCUGAAAAGAUGGAAAAACAAAGAUGCUGUCUAAUUGUCUAUGGUGCAGAGUCUUAUAUAAUGCUUUAAUAAACACAAAUCUUACUCAGGGCAACAAUAAAUGUGUUAUUUGUUUUUUUGGCAGUUAAA